AUGCCGGUAACAAUGGAGCCUUUCGGAAGGCAGCAACAGCUUCAGGGCACUUCGACCACCACACACAGGCCUGAAGAAAGCAAAGUCGACAGAUACACUCAGUUCCUGUUUCUUCUCGUGUCCUCAAUCCUCACGUUGGCUGCACUAAUGUGUGUUGCGAGAAUAAUCUUCGUCUACUGCUCAUAUAAAGACGCUAUGGAAGAUUUCUUUAUGCACGAUUAUCACUGGCGCCAACAGGACGAGCGACACAGACGUACGCAAACCAGAACGGUCACCGUGGAGGCCGAACUCAAUCAUGGUUUCAACUUCGCUGCUGAUGGUGGAGGUGUGACCAAUUAUGGCUUCACUGAUCCACCACCUCGUUACGAUCAACUGUUCAAACGCGAAGAACCACCUCCGCUUUACGCGUCGGUCAGGAAUUCUCAAAUAAUCACCAGUCCUCGGCAAUCCACAGAAUCGGCUCUCAGGGAAGACGAAACUCAUUCGUUGCCUACAUACGAGCAAGAAUUCAAUCGCCGUUCUCCUUCUAUGAGAAGUGGAUCUACCAGCACUGCCAUUUCAGUGCUCAGUGGAAACACUCCUCUCAGCCUACGAACAAUGCUUCCGCUCAUAAAGUGGACAUCGAUGUUAUAA